CGUCAUUCAGCCUCUCUUUUUCCUUUCGUCUGACAACCAUCGUAACUCCCUCCACUUCACGUUCAACUGCGGAAACUACCCACGUCUGCGACUUUAUCGCAACCGUCUCCCGAGCUCGCACCUCGAAAUACUACAAGUUUCAGCGCCUACCGUACGUACACCGAAAAUGACCCGUGGCAACCAGCGCGACAAGGCCCGUGAGGCUGCUCAGAAGAAGGCUGCUUCUCAGAAGAAGGGAAACACCAUGAGCGGCACGGAGAUGCAGCGCGCAAAGGAGUCUGCUGCUGAGAUUAUGCGGCAGAAGCAGGCCAACGCUGAGGCCAAGAAGGCAGCGGAAGCAGCAGGAGGGUCGAAAAAGAAAUAAAAGCAGCGCGAGAGAAUAGGGGUCUUCGGCGGCGAGAGGCCAUAUUGGAAUGAAAUACCUCUUUCUCCCCCAUCUGUCUCACCUCUGGUCUGUGUGUUACGCUCGGGUUCUCAAGCAUUCUCAUGAGUCCCCUCACAUGAAGUCACAUGAAGGUAGACCGACUUGUGAGAUGAGUCAGCAGAUGUAGAGGAAGACAGGAGAAGGAGCAUAGGAGUAUGGAAUCUCUCCACGUCGGCCCCUUUUCCCAAAGCGCAGAAAGGGAGAAGAAACUUAUCAAUGAACGGCGAAACGGAAAUUCAUAAACAGGGGUGUUGUUUUUUUUCCCUUACACUUUAGUUAAAGCGAUGGAGGUUGCAUUCGUUAAGCAUGGAGAGACAGGCGUGAAAUAUCAGAA